GUCCAGUAGUCCAGUAGGUGGCGGUAAUGCACCUCUAAGCUGGUUUGCCCACCGCCAAUAAACACCAAAGAAGAAGAAACAAAAAGACGAUUACCAGCAACUACUACUAAGCAGCACUACCAGCUCAUGUGACAUGCACGGACACGCGUUUGAUCACUAAACUUCAUCGCUGUUUGGACGCUUGAAGCAGUGGAUGUGUGCACGAGCUACGAUGCUUGACGUGUUCACUGCAGCUGGUAACUAACCACACAAACAAAAAGGGCUAAAUUAAACAUCUGUUUCAGAAGCUGUCAGCACCAGCUCUGGAGACUCAGGUCCGUCCAGGUGAAGGAUAUCAGUCCUGAUAAAUGUCAUACCUUCACACUGAUCUGAUGAACUCAAGGGAAGGACUGCACCAACUCAUGCAACAAUGAAAGGUGGAUCUCGGAAAACUAGAAAAAGGGAACCUAAAGGUACCACAGCAAAGGAAGUUGCCUCAGACACGGUUUCAGCUCAAGCCACGGAGGAGUCAAACACUGUGCCGGGCGGUGAUCUCGCUGCGAGUUCCUUACUAACUACCCCAAAAAGAUGCAGAGGACGAAAGGGACGGACACUAGAAGCCCACCUAACCUCCACACCAGUCCGCGGCUCCUCUGCUGACAUCCUGUCCAGCAUCUCAAAGUCCUCUACCAGAGCAAAACAAGUGGAGCUAGAGUACACUGAAGUCAUCACUCAGUUAAAGACAUCAGAGGUAGAUUCGCCAUGCUGCCAAUCGAAAUUUCAAAGCAGACGUAGGAGGGCUCAUGCUUCCCAGCCGAGACAACUUAGAAAAAGGGGGACAAAGGAGCAGACCAGCAUUAUAACCAACGGUCCUCCAGCGAAGCGUCGGCGAGGCGGGACGCAGAAGGCGGAGACGGGGGAUUUACAGAAGGAAACCACAUCUCGGUCAUCCAGUCGCUCUAGACCAAGAUUUGAACUGGAGAAGCCUCAUUCAGCAGAGCAAGACGAGUCUCUGCUGUCUUCAGAUCUAUCAAUAGAGCUGAGUCACAGUGAGGAACAGCUGCCAUCUUUGUCCUUCCAGGAAGAUGAGGGAAGUGAGGAGGAUGAGGAGGAGGAGCUACCAAGUUUCUUGAUGCAGGUGGACCAAAAGCCUCCGUCCAUUACGGGAGGAGCGUUUGUGUGGUACAGAUAUAGAAAUUAUCCAUUCUGGCCUGCAUUGGUAAAAAGUGUGAAUCGUAAGCAGAAAAAAGCCAGCAUCAUUUUCAUUGAUGACCCAAUGAUUCACAAAAAGAAAGGGUUUGCUGUGGCUCUGAAAAUCCUGAAGCGUUUUGACUGUGAAGAAGCCCAUGAGCUGGUGUGUAAAGCCAAAGAAGAGUAUGAUGCUGUAAUUGAGUGGUCCUUGGAGCUCAUAUCAGACUACAGAAUACGGAGAGCCUGUGGUUCAUUUUCUGGCUCCUUCAUCGAGUACUUUGCUCACGACAUGAGCUAUCCAGUGAGGAGGAAGUACCCGCAGGCAGCCUCAGAGAGACUAACCAUCGGCAGCGAUACAGCGACGGAGGUGCCGUGUGACGAUCAUAAGAAGGACAGCUUAAGUGAACAGCAUGAGGAGGUCAGCAGGAGUUCGAAGAGGUUGCUGCCAGACCGGAGUCAUGCCGCCCACAACCGCGCUAAUGAGAAGCUUGUAUAUUUCAUCGUAAAGCAGCGCAUGGUGGAAGAACACCUUCUGGCUGUGAUCCGUGGGCAGCAGCAGUCCAGAUGGCUUCGCUCCUUCCUGAGUGCCAGUCGGAGACGGGUGGUGAACAUAUACCUGGAAGACGACCAGCAGUUGGACCAGGUCUAUUGGUACCUGAAUGAGCUCUACGCAAAGGCCGUGGAAACCCCCCCUUGCCUGGCUGAGAUGAAAUACAUGGAGCGUGUCCCCUUUAUCCUGGAUGUGCUUCUUCCUGAGGCCAUCAUCCAUGCCAUAGCUGGGGUGGACAAAGUCCCAGUAAAAAAGGCAGAGGAAAAGUACCUAAAAGGACGAUGUAUUAGCAACAGGGAAAGACAGGAGUUUGACCUGAUGAUUGAGCGUCAGAUGAGGAAGAAAUCCCAGCGUCAGAACACUUCACUUGCUGUAGUCUCUGACCCCAUCAGUUAGAAGACUGAGCAUUGUAAAACUAGAAACCUAUUUUUGUAUUGCUUUUUUUUAAUGUUUUGUUUAUGGGCAAUGUAGCAGUGUUCGUUCGUGUGCCUUACAAUCAGUGAUGACCUAGUGAUGAUCAGUCAAUCAGUGAUGAUAUCACAAUGAUCCAACUCUGCUUUGCCUCUCUUUAAAAUGCAACACUGUCAAUUGGUUAAAAGCUGUUCAAUAGGGGAACUCACAGAAGCUGGUGUUAAAAUGUCUACAGUAAUAAUGAUAACAAACGUCAGACAAUCUGAUCCCCCUAUAUUACAUAACUGCAUAACUGUUUGUAUAUACAAUAUAUAUACACUGCCAGAUUCCUCACAGAGCUAUUGCACAUUAAAGAAUUGUUGUCUCUAUA